CUUGAUUUGCGUGUCAUACGCAAUAAAGAGAAAAAACAGGCGAUCCAAAAAAGUAACAGUUUGCUUUUCGAGGGCUGCUUUCUUUGGCAAUGCAAUAUUGGCAAGGAUUUCUUGCAGGCGUUGAAACGAAAGUAAACAAAGUUAUAAAGAUGUCCAGCGAAGGAAAGUAUGUCCGACAGGUCGAGGAUGGAGAGAUAACCGACCAGGAAUCUGUGUACUCAAGCGAACAAGUAUACGGAGAAGUACUGAACGAAGGGGAUGAUGAGAACGGCUGUCUCAACGACAGUAUUGACUCGCGGUCGACCAGCGACAGCUCGUCGAUCUCGUCCACUACCUCUGAUGGUAGCGAUGAAAUCCCGAAUAUAUCGAAAAACCCAGAAGUAACCCGAAUGGACUCAGAAGGAAAAUCUGAAGCAUUGGAGAGAAUCGAGCGUAUGGAAAAGAACAUGGCCUCGCUGAUUCAAGCCUUAGGCUCUGGUCGUCCAGGUUUUCCAGCUGUUGCUGCGGAUAACUCUAUGCCGAGUGAUGUUGACCAGGAUUGGAACACUGCUCAUGAGCGCGCCAAUCGAACGAGUGGUCCGGCUGUUAGAUGGGAUCACAUCAAACCAUUCCCGACCGGCAUAUCAGCAAACAAAAUGUGGGAAGCCUGGAAUAAGUAUAUGGAGAACUUUGAAAUCGCUGCUUCUCUGGGGAACGCUCAUGAUCCGAUCCAGCGAUCUCAGCUACUGUUUCUGACAAUGGGAGAAGAACUCCAAGGCAUUGUUCGAGCGGCCAAAUUACGUCCAAAACUGAGCGAUCCAGAAUGUUACUCCACAUUCGUGAAAAAUGUGCACGAUUAUCUACGGUCUAUGACAGACACAUCAGCAGAACAUGAAGCAUUCUCCAACAUGAAACAAGAGCCUGGAGAAUCAGCGGUGUCAUUCCAUGCUAAACUAAUGGAGAAAGUAAGGCUAUGCGGCUACAACCAGGCAGACCAGGAACGUUUUGUAAGGGCGCAGUUGUUGAAGGGGCUAAAGAACAGGCAGCUAGCGAAGAAUGCAAGAACCUACGGCCAUGAUGUAAACCUAAUUGUUCAAUCGGCCACAAGAGAUGAGGCCUACGAAGCGGAAACAUCCGCAGGAAUAACACAAUCAGCUCGUGAACCAGAUGUAUAUGCGGUUAAACAAUCACAAUGGCCGCGACUAAAGCAGGAUUACCGGAAGCGGAACAGAGAAGAUUCAUUUGAUAACAACCAGCAACCAAAACGAUUCCGUGGAAGUACAAGGUUUAUUCCGGGACGAAAAUCGCGUUGCUCUAGAUGCAACCGACCUGCCCACCCCAGAGGUCGAACUUGCCCGGCAUUGAACAAACAUUGCAAUGCCUGUCGUGAGAUUGGCCACUUUGCUGUUACAUGCCGGCGUAAGCGCGUACACAUGGUCCAGCAAAAGGAAAUUCAAUCUGCACCCCCAGCAUGGAGUGAUGAUGAAGCGGAUAAUAAACAGGUACUGACGAAUUGAUAAUUUGAACUUUUCUUAAAUAAAGUAUGCUACCAUAUUACUUUGUUCUUGUUUGAAGUUAAUGUUCUGGUUUCAUUGUACGCCCCUUCUAUGCUUCCCUUCCAGGAAGUUAAUACAUUGUCGC